AUGCUUCUCCGUCUGCCUGCCAGCCUACAUUACCCGAUUACCGUGACGUCGUUGCUAAAACAGCCCGGCGACACGGUUGAGAGGGAUGAGGCUUUGUUUUGGUAUGUCUAUGAGACUACCGUCCCCGAGGGUGAUGGACUGGGGAACAUCGUCGAGGUGAAGCGUCGGUACCCGACUAGAUUUGAAUCGACGGUUGAUGGGGAGAUUGUUAAAUGGGAAAUCCAAAAGGGAGAUGUCAUUGAUGAACCGGUCAAUGUUGUUGAGAUCGAUGAGCCUUGCGCGCACGAGAUCCAGUUUGGAGGACUUUGCGCCGAGUGCGGGAAGGACAUGACUGAAUCUACCUACAACACCGAAAUCACCGAUUCCAUGCGCGCUCCUAUCUCUAUGGCUCAUGAUAACCUCACACUUACGGUCAGCGCACGGGAAGCGACCCGAGUUGAAGAAGAUGCGAAGCGCCGGCUACUUGCAUCGAGGCGUUUGACCCUUGUGGUGGAUCUUGAUCAAACUAUCAUCCAUGCCACUGUUGAUCCGACAGUGCGAGAAUGGAGAGAAGACAAGCAAAAUCCAAACCACGAAUCUGUGCGCGAUGUGCGAGAAUUUCAAUUGAUUGACGACGGGCCUGGGAUGCGUGGAUGCUGGUACUACAUCAAGCUGCGACCAGGACUGGAGGAAUUCUUGCAAAAUGUGGCUGAGAUUUAUGAGUUGCACAUCUACACCAUGGGUACUCGUGCUUAUGCCCAACAUAUUGUUGAUAUCAUUGACCCCACUCGCAAACUCUUUGGAGACCGAAUUCUUAGUCGUGACGAGAGCGGAAGUUUAACGGUCAAGGACCUGCAACGGCUGUUCCCAGUGGACACAAAGAUGGUGGUAAUCAUUGAUGAUCGUGGUGAUAUCUGGCGGUGGAGUCCCAAUCUUAUUAAAGUCUCACCUUAUGACUUCUUCGUCGGAAUUGGCGACAUCAAUUCAAGUUUCCUCCCAAAGAAGGAAGACAUUGGAGCGAAUAAGCCUCAAAUCGAAGCCAAGGCACCAGAGAAAACCAAAGAACAUCAUGUGAAUGGUAAAAUGCAAGGGGGCACCGAGAUCUCAGCAUUAGAACAGCUAGUGACCAUGGGUGGAGAUAGCCCAAGACUCCUCCAGGAACAGGCCGAUGCACAAGAAGAGACAAUAUUGCAUCAGGUGGAGGACCGACCUCUGCUGCAGAAGCAAAAGGAAUUGGAGGCAGAGGAUAAUAACGACGAAACCAGUGAUCCAUCGUCUGGCGUUGAAGAAACCCAGGAACAUGCGAAACAUCGCCAUCACCUACUCGAGGAUCACGAUCAAGAACUCUACCAACUGCAAGACCGACUCGAACAAGUACAUCUUCAAUUCUAUGACGAAUAUGACAAGAGGCGCACUCAAGCUCUUGGCGGUCGCGUUGCAGCUCUCAGGGGUGAGAAGGUUCACUCGAAAGAUAAAGACGUGGACCUCAAAUUGGUCCCCGAUGUCAAGGAUAUCAUGCCGCGGAUCAAACGCCGUAUCCUCGGAGGGGUGGUUUUGGUAUUUUCAGGUGUCCUUCCUCUGGGCAUAGACUUCCAAAAUGCAGACAUCUCCCUAUGGGCGAAGAGCUUUGGUGUGACGAUCUCGUCACGGGUAAAUGCCCGCACAACUCAUCUCGUGGCUGGCCGCAACCGCACCGCGAAGGUGAGAGAAGCCACUCGCUACCCUAACAUCAAGAUCGUGACGACGCAAUGGCUUGUCGACUCGUUGGUUCAGUGGAGACAUUUGGACGAAGAACCCUAUCUCCUCCCGCUUCACCCAGACGACCGAGGCGACCCCCUGACCCCAAGUGAACUCGAACUUGAGACGUCCUUGCUAUCAUCCACAGACGAAGAUAUGACAGGGUCCCAAUGGACACAAGAAGACGACGCCGAAGACAUCUUCAAGUCAUCCGGUCUGGACGAGACAUCGCCGGUCGGGUAUGAUGCCGACGAGCAAGCUGCUGUGCAUGAUGAACUGAAGGACUUCCUGGGUAGCGACGACGAAAGCGAAAGUGACACCGAGUCGUUAUUAGAUGAACCCGCAGGAGGCAAGAAGCGUAAACGCAAUGAAGAGACCGAAAGUGGCACUGAUGAAGAGUCGGGAGAUGAUGAUGGAGAGGACCAUGACAAACAAGGCUCCCGGCUCUCCCAACGAAUCAAACGCUCCUACGAGCGCAACACCAAGUUGCGAGAAAUCACCUCUGCUCCUGCCUCUGGUAGUGACCAGAUUUCCCCAGACUCAAAGACUCCAGUUGUGGAAGGUGUGUCUGACUCCGAUACAGCAGGAACAACCGGUCCAAAGGCCGACUACCCUGAUCCAGAUGACGAUGACGAUGAGCUGGAACGGGAAAUGCUAGCUGCAUUUGAGGGUGGAGGUUAUGACUCUCAAGCAGAGGCAGAAGCUGCAGCUGAGAAUGGAUAA